AUGGCCACGCAAAAGACGGGCGAGUGGGCGAGUGCCCUACUGGCGCGCUUCGAGGAUCAGCUGCCGAACCGUAUCGGUGCUUAUGGGACACAAGCACGUAUGAGCCAGGACCAACUGGUGGCAUGCCUCAUACACAUCUCGCGCUACCGCUUCUCGUUAGUCAUCUCGGGCCUAACCAAAAUGCUGCAGCGCGUCAACGAAGCUGCACUACAAAACCGCUAUGAACCGGAACGUUGCUAUUUCGAAUCUCUGGUCAUCAUUUUGACCACCCUGGAGCGUUGUCUUACCAAUCAAACCAAAGAUACCGCGCGGUUUGAGGAGGCAAUGAAUGUGAAACUGCUGCUGCGUGAAAUUUCACAAUUUGUGGAUGUGCANAAUGGCCGUUAA